AUGCUGUCCGCAGCCCAGUUACUCGAUGAGUUGAUGGGCCGAGACCGGAACCUGGCUCCCGAUGAGAAGAGGUCCAAUGUGCGCUGGGACGACGAGAGCGUUUGUCGAUAUUAUUUGUGUGGAUUCUGUCCAGCAGAACUGUUCACAAACACCCGCUCGGAUUUGGGGCCUUGUGAAAAAAUCCAUGAUGAAAAUCUUAGGAAAACUUAUGAGAAAAGCUCCCGGUAUCUGAAGGAAGGCUUUGAGAGAGACUUCCUCCGUUAUCUGCAGUCUCUCCUGGCUGAGGUUGAGCGGCGGAUUCGCAGAGGUCACGCACGUCUCGCACUCUCUCAAGCUCAGCAGAGCGCUGGGGCUCCUCCUCCCGCUGGGAAGAACGAGGAGAAGAUCUCUGUCCUAACAGAGAAGAUUGAGGACUUGGUGUUGCAGAUUGAGGAGCUGGGGUCUGAGGGAAAAGUGGAGGAGGCCCAGGGAAUGAUGAAGCUUGUGGAACAGCUUAAAGAGGAGCGAGAGCUGCUCAACUCUACUCCCUCGACCAUCGAGAGCUUUGCUGCGCAGGAGAAGCAGAUGGAGGUGUGCGAGGUGUGUGGGGCCUUCCUGAUUGUGGGCGAUGCUCAGUCUCGAGUGGACGACCACCUGAUGGGCAAACAGCACAUGGGCUACGCCAAAAUCAAAUCCACUGUAGAGGAGCUGAAGGAAAAGCUACGGCGACGCUCUGAGGACCCAGCAGGAGAAAACCCAGUGGUCAAGAAGGAUCGUGAAGACCGUGAGCGAGAGAGGGAAGAGAGGGAAAAGAAACGCAAAGAGGAGGAAGAGAAGGAGAAAGAGCGUGAGAAAGAGAAGGAGCGCGAACGGGAGAAGGAAAAGGAACGGGACAGAGAGAGAGAGAGGGACAGAGACAGGGACAGAGAGAGGGACAGGGACAGGAGAUCCCGACGAAGCAACUCCCACAGCCGCCACUCGAGCCGUGCCUCAGACCGCGAGCGCAAGAGGAGCCGCUCCAGAGACCGGCGCCGGUCCCGGAGCAGAGAGCGAGACAGGGAGCGCAAACGCAGCAGGAGCCGGGACAGAGACCGCGAAAGACGGCGCAGUCGUGAGCGCGAUCGUUCUGACAAGAAGCGGCGUUCUCGCAGUCGUGAGCGCAGGAGAUCCCACAGCGCAGAGCGUAAAUCUCACAGACACCGCAGUCGCAGUAAAGAUAGAGAACAAGACAAGGGCAGGGACAAGGGCAGGGACAAGGACAGGGACAAGGACAGGGACAAAGAGCACUCGUCAAAGGACAAAGAAUAUAAAGACACUGAGGAAAAGAGCAGUUCCAAGAAAGACAAACAUUCGGACAUUGAUGCGUCCACCAUCAAGGCUUCUACUGAAGCGGAACCAAUGGAAGCAGAGGCUCCUGCCUCUGGCUCCUCCCCUCAGCUUAAUGGCCAACCAGAGCUCGUCCAAUCUGAAGAUCAGGCUCAGGUGAAGCUGACACGCCUGGAUGAAGACCCUCCACUCUCCCACACCCCCAAACCCGAAAACCUGACCCCCGCGCCUCUUAAACACAAGCGCGGUGUCACCGGGCCUGGCGUCACCGGGCCUGGCGUCACCGGGCCUGGCGUCACCGGGCCUGGUGUCACCGGGCCUGGUGUCACCGGGCCUGGUGUCACCGGGCCUGGCGUCACCGGGCCUGGCGUCACCGGGCCUGGCGUCACCGGGCUUGGUGUCACCGGGCCUGGCGUCACCGGGCCUGGCGUCACCGGGCCUGGCAUUACCGGCACUUACAGUCGGUUCAAGCCCCGUAUUGGGACGAGCACCAGUGUAAUACUCUUACCAGUCCGCCCCAGCGCCGCGGGCACCAAAGCCCAGGCCUAA